AUGGCGGACGAAAUGGAGGAAUCAAUGGCGAAUCAGGUGAGCAACUCUCUCGACAAAACAGUCCUUGAAAAACCCAUCUAUCAAGGUAUUAUGGCGUUUGCAACAGUAGAGAAAUUCGUAAGCACCUCUGACAAAGAUUAUGUACCACCAAAGUUCCCUUUUGACCUGCCUUCGUUUAACAGAUCGUCCACUUUUGGAGUAGAAAUGCGAAAACACUUUUUUCUUGAUCUCGACAACUGGACGUUUCUAAAUCAUGGAGCUUUCGGGUGCGUCCUUAAAGAAGCUCUAGAAGCAGCUUUUAAGUGGCAGUGUUAUGCGGAAAGACAACCUGUGCGCUUCGUUGACAGAGAAAUGCUGCCCCAUUUGGCUCACGUUAACCGGAGACUGGCAAACUUUGUUGGCUGUGAUCCGAGCGAUAUUGUCCUUCUUCCUAAUGCCACUUUUGCAAUCAACACUGUGAUUAAAUCAAUAGCUUGGCGUCCUGGAGAUACUGUUUAUUUCUUGAACACUUGUUACUACACUGUGAAGAAAUUAUUUAGGCACAUCAGUAGUGAACAUGGUAAGUUCUUAAUGCUGUUUGCCUAUUCUGUUUUUUUGUUGUUUCUUUUUUUUUAAAUAAGCUUAAUUUAGUUCAAAUGUAUAACAACAAAAAAUUCAGCAAACAGAAUAACAACUAACAUUAAACUACUAAUGAAAUGAUUUGAGAUUUGGAUUUGUGCUUUUUAAGCAAGAAAGGUUUCGAAGAAAUAGUGGUCUUCUUCUCUUAACUGCGGUGGUGUAAAUAUAAUGCUUUGCUAUACCUGCCAACUUUUUCUGAGAUAUAGGCGUGAGAUUUUUAUCCUGGGAGUGCUGGGAUUUUUGAAAACGACACGAUCAUUUCCGAAGAUUCCCGAAGAAGUCCGAAGUCUUCGGAAGACGUCUGAAGUCUUCCGAAGACGUCCGAAGUCUGCCGAAGGCGAAGUUAUCGAGAAAACGCUUAUCCACAAAAUCAGAGAUCGCGAGGAAGGUAUUGUCAUUUAUUCAUUUUACACAUGGUUUUCGUUCGUUACAUGGGUCUGAGUUAACAUAUUUUUGGAAAUUGUGUCCAGCAAGACGACAACAACUCACAUUUUUCAAUCAGGCGUGAGAAAUUGGUCCGCAGGCGUGAGUGGGCGUGAGAUCGAAGUUUUCAACCCGCAGGCGUGAGACUCACGCCUAAGGCGUGAGGGUUGGCAGGUAUACUUUGCUAUCAUUAACAGAGGUUCAAUCCAAGCCUUAGUGCAAAUUUGUUUGUAAAACAAUAGAUAAUUCUUUUUUAUUGAGCACAACAUAGCCAUCGUGUUUGGUAUUCCACCAAUAAUGUGAAUUUAGACCAGAAUUUUUUUACACGUGAGCAAGAUACAAAUAAAUGAGUUAGUGUUUGUUUUUGUUCACAAAGAAGGCAUUGAUCCUUAUCUUUAAUCUUGUCAUAAAUAAGGUCGUAUUAGUAGGCGAAAUAAUUUUUGGUUUACGAUUUUAUAUUGAAAGAUGGCUCGCCUGGUCGCCUAUUCUACUUGUGAGGUUAUGUCCACAUGAGCCUAUUUGUAAAGAUAUACAGACGUUUACAAAUCAAGCACUAGCUAUAGGCUGGCUUUUGUUGUUGAUAGUAAAUUACUGCUUCUGAUGUUCAGGGGUGUGGUUUUAGUUUUGUUUGUUGGUUGGUAUCUACAGUUGCUACAUGUAGGUAACUGCAUACACCAACCAAUAUGUAUAUAAAGGCUAAGCAAUCCAUGCACAGAAGGAGUUCUGAAAAUUUGUUAACGUUGUUGCAUUAAGGGUGCUACCCUUGUUUCCCAAGGAAUCACUUUUUAUGAACUGUCCAAUGUAGAUAGCAAAAAUAUGCAAUGUUUUUGAUGAUUGCUUUUAUUGUUUGUGUGGACUAAACAUGAUCUUUUUCUUGUGAGGACAUCGAAUCCAAAGUGCUGAUCACUUCUGGUAAAUUUUGCUCAAAUGCCACUUAAUGUUUGCACUUAAGAUGGCAAAAUGCUCUUCCUGUCAGGGAUUCUUUAAAAAAGAAGACACAAAAAAAGUCUGGCUGAUAGUUGCACAAAGCACCUGUCAUUUCACUUAAUAACAAAGAUGACUAAAACUGCAUGAUCAUUUUGUGUGGCUAGUUAAAUACCCAUCUAAAGUGGGUUGAAUUUUACGGUUUAUUCCCACCUAUGUGGAGAAAACCUUGCUUCCAAUGACUAGAUAGGACCAACUGGCUGGUAGGAGAGGCUUGGAUUAACCAGACUGAAAUACCAGAAUGUUUGAUGGCACAUUACCUCAAAAGAAUGUCUUCAGACUUGAUGAACUUAUCAGACAUUUAUGGUAUUUACCAAAUUUUAUGCUAAUUGGAGUUUAUUUUCAGGGGUUGUUCUGAAGGAAAUCACAAUCACUUUCCCUGCCACCAGUGAGGAAAUUAUUCAAAGAAUAAAAGAAACCUUGGAAGAAGGUACAAGAUUGGCCGUGUUUGGUCAUAUUCCUAGUAAUUAUCCAAUUGUGAUGCCAGUGGAAGAGAUUGUUCAACUUUGCCACAGGAAACGUGUUCCUGUUUUGAUUGAUGGUGCGCAUGCAUUGGGAACCUUACCAUUAAAUUUAACAGUUCUCAAAGCUGACUAUUAUGUGGGAAAUGCUCAUAAAUGGUUAGCCUGCCCUAAGGUAUGUUUUUCCUUUCUUGUAAAAUUAUAUAUUGACCUUGUACUUAUUCAACUUAAAUACCCCAUUACAAAGUACACAGUAUUCAGGUAAGCUGGAAGAACUAAAAAGAGUAGAAAAAUUGCAUCUCCUCGAAUGACAGACUAUAUUUUCUGAAGCUUUUCAAAUGGGGGCACAAACAAUUUGAUAUUUCCAUGUCAAUGGUACUUAACCAUUGAAGUUUUGGUGAGAUUAACUGUGAUAAUGCAUGAUGACUGUUUAUCUUUGCAGGGGUGUGGCUUUCUGUGUGUAUCUAAAGACAAUCAACAUAUGAUCAAGCCUCUUGUUGUUUCAAGUGGUUUUACAGCAGGAUUUAAUUCACAGUUCAUAUGGACAGGUAAGACAAAUGCAGCUUGUGAAUUCCCAAUUAUGAACAAUAGACUUCCUAAGCAUGUACAUUGUAUUUUUUGAUUUCCUUUUAUAGGUUAUGAAUACAUAAUAAUAAUAAUCAUCAUCAUCAUUAUCAUCAUCAUCAUCAUCAUCAUCUUUAUUUUUAUAGCACUUUUUCCAAAAGCUCAAUAGUGCUUUACAGAAUUCAUAAGAAAGAAAAAUAAUGAAUUAAAAACUGACAUCGAAUGAUAAUGAAAAGAAUACCUGACAAAUACAUUUAAGUCACAAUAAAAAUCCUACUUAAAAAUUCUAAGCUGCACUAAAAACUAAAUCCCUAAAAAUUAAAACAAUAACAUCUAGAAGAUGUAUGAUUAGAUAUUCUAUAUAUUAGUAUUUACCAAAUCAGUGGAUAGCAAUUUUUGUGCGUUCUGAUUGGCUCCCGUAACUCAGACUAUCCUUCGACAUUUGCUGUUUUGGGACAGGAGUUAAAAAGGGCUUCUCGUUUCAUGACAGUUUUGAAAGGUGAAAUUUUAGCGGUAAAUGAAGCAGCUGCACCAACAAAUACCAAGAAAGAGACAAAAUUUGGCUUGUCAUUGAUUACUGGUCUGUACAAAAACAUUUUCUCACUGAAUUUGCAACAACAUUGUAUAGAAUGAUACCCAAAACACUGUUAAUUGAAAUGUAAACAAACUCUACCUAAGUGAUGUCUUUUAUUUACAAAAACUUGCCUAUUGAUUUUUAUCCAACUGAUUUGGUAAAUACUAAAAUAACUAUCCCCGUCAUGCUCGGUUUAUAGUGCACCCCUGUUUCCUUCUUUUGCCCUCGCACCUACCCUAAGGGUUACUAUUUCUACUCUCCCCAAUCUUCCUCCGUCGUAAAAUCAAAGACGUUGGCUACAACAAUACGAACAUGAACAAGGUUUUGCCCACCCAAAAUACACCUGCCAUGCAGUCUGCUCGAUGCUUCACGUCUCGGUGUAUUUCAACCACUAUUCACCUCCCCUUCGGGGGAUAGUUGCAUAUUACAUUGGCUGGAAAACCUAACUUAUCCUUACAUAUGUGUGAAUGUGGUACAGUAUUAUGUAAAGGGGCUGUGACACGGCUGUCUGGAGUUAAUAUUGCUUAUAGUGGGUCUUGAGCAGCACUAGUUAUAUUAUUCAAUCAUCUGAGAAUGACAAAAUUACAGCUUUUUGUCCAAAAAAAUUUGUCUUCCAAGCAUUACUGUAUAUCAGUCGUUACAAAUAAGAAAAAUGAAUAUGGAAAACUGGUAGGCUAACAAGUUUUAAAAAAACGUAAUUGCAAACUGUUUCAAUCUUCCUCAAGUUUGUCCGUCCUUGCUUCCUUUUGUAAUGCUGUGUCAUUUGUACCCUCUUCUAACUUUUUGAGCAGUUAUUGUAAUGUUUCACUCAUUUGGUGGCAGCUAACUGUGUGCUAAUUUUGGUGAAUAUUUUGUGACACAGCUUCUUUAAUAAUUUAUAGAAACGGCUUUUUUUUGCAAAACUCCCUGACUUUUCCUUGACCUUAAUAAUAAGUUUGUUUUUCCCUGAGGUAUAUAUUUUUUUGCUUACAGUGGUGACACUGCAGCUUAAUAAUUAUCAACCUAUUAAAUAUUAUAAUUUUUUUUUCUGAUGCUAACUAGGUCUGAGGGAUUAUAGUCCUUACUUGGCUUUGAAUACAGGUGAGAUUUUUCAUUUUAUAUUAUUUAGCAGAAGUUUACUUUGGAGGCCUACAUGUAGUAAAUGUGGUGACCAGGCCACUUGCUAACUCUGUUAUUUGAAAUUAUGGCCAUUUCUCUACAAUGCAGAUUUACAUACCUUAUUUCAUGCAAGCUGCUGCCAAACCUAAAAACCAUGAUGAUAAAUAUUAUGCAUAUUCUUUGUUGCCUAAAUCCGUAAUACAUAACAAUAUGCACAUUCUCUGUAGCCUUAAAACCAUGUGAUUUAUUCUGCACAAUUGCCUGUAGCCUUAAAAUCAUAUAAUAUACAAUGUAUUAUGCACAUUCUUUGUUACCUCAAACCAGGUAAUAAUAAAUAUUAUGUUAUACACAUUCCAUGUUGCCUGAAAACCUUGCAAUAUAACAACCAUCCCCUGUUGCCUGAAAACCAUGUAAUAUAAUCAAACACAUCCCCUGCUGCCUUUAAAUCAUGCAAUGUUUAUGCACAUUGUCUGUUGCUUCCAAACCAUGUUAUAUUAUUAUUAUACACACUCUGUGUUGCCUUUAAACCAUGUGUAUAUCAUGUACAGAUUUUAAUCUUGAUCACUACAAGUUGAACGGUGACCAGCAUUUAUGACUUAACACCAAGGAUCAGCUGCAUAAAUGCUGGAUGUAAAUGCUAACAUAUGUGAUUGUUGUGAAAACUAAAAAGUUUGACGGGGCUGAACGUCAGUUAUGAGCUCUUGUCAGCUGAAUGAAAUUUAUGCCUUGUAUUGAAUUAAUACAUCACUGUAAAUUCUGUAAGGAUUUCACUACAAACUAAUAAGAAUUUAGAUCAGUUUGUUUUGUUAACCAUUCAUUGAUUCUGUUUAAAUUGUUCCAAAUAUUACCACUUUCUUGAGUUUCCUCUUGUUUAUUUUGUGCUUGUAAGUAUUUUCCGUUCGCAUGCUGGGUGAUCAUUUCAGGGUCAAGUUGGGGGAUCCCUUCGGUGCUGGACAUCAUUUCAGGGUCGAUUUUUGGGAACCUUUCCGGAUUGCAGAUCAUUUUUGGGUCAAUUUGGGGAUCAUUUUGAGGGUGAGGAUCAUUUUGGGGUUCGGGAUCAUUUCAUGCCGGUGUACAGUGUACCUCUUAAUCUUCAUACAUAGUCCUGUUUUCACACUUGAAACCUUUGAGGUCAACAAUUCAUUUAAACAUUUUGUUGGAUCUUCAGAAAUAAAAACUUAUCUUACUUUCAGAAAAAAAUUCCCUCGCUUAAUUUCAGCUGCUAAAUGUAUGCAAUUGGAAAACAGUUUCUGCGAUUUCUAAGCUGGUGUCUUAAAUCUUACUCCCUUAGUGUUGGAUUUUUGGGAGGCCAUGGGACCUGAUCAAAUACGCCAAUAUAACAAUACCCUAGCCAACAAAGCUGCACUGAUGCUAGCCGACAAAUGGGGUACUGGCUUAUUAUCGCACGCAGACAUGUUUGGACCAAUGGUGUUAAUUAGGCUCCCUGAGGUCCUUCUGGACUGUGUUACUCGGGGAUACGAAGAUGAGCCAGUCAAGGCCCAUGCAGAGAUGGUGCAGGCGAAACUGCAUUAUGAAUUCAGCAUUGAGGUCCCAGUCAAGUUAAUUCAGGGGAAACUGCACACCAGAAUCUCGGCUCACGUGUAUAAUGAGCUGAGUGAUUACGACAAGUUGUGUGAGGCUAUUCUGAUCAUGACCAACGAUGUGUGUAAUAAUCCAGCUGCUUAUGACACGUAUAAGAAUUACAGGUAG